AUGCCAUCCCAUUCCUCCUCGCAUCCGAACGCCAGACACGCCUCGCCGUCCACGAGCAGCUCCGUGAAACCCACUGGCUGGAUCAGGUCGUCGUCUGCCACCGCAGGCUCGGCGACGAAACCGCGCGUACGUGUGCUCUCGGAUCGCACCAACUUGCCGUCCUCGAGCCAUACGCCGCUCAAGUCGCUGCAAAAGCCGCCAACCAAGACGCUGGUGGCAUCGCGACUCGCAGGUCAGACGCGCACGCCCGCACCGUCAAACAGCACAAAACAGCAGACUCUGUCUAGAUUUUUUGCGCCAAAUACUGCCCCCGCCGGCCCAUCAAAGAGCACCACACACGCGCAAACAUCCUCGCCGAGUUUGGAUCGGCCGCGCCUAAGCUCCUCGGACACCAGGGGUGCCGCCAGCCGCCUGCGGAUACCACCACCCGAGCCUCGAAGCGCGAACAACGACACUUUCAACGACGCUUUCAACGACGACGAUCUGGAAGCACGCGCGGCCUGUCUGCUUCGCGGUCGCUUCGGCAGCGUCUCUCGCUCCCUCAGCACCAGCACGUCUUCGACACCCCCAGCGACCGUGUCGCCACCCACACCACCGUCCGAUGAGCCUCCACGGUCGCCACGCGUCCAAACACGGUCUCGAGUCGAGCACGUACGUCCGCCAAGAUCAAUGCUUCCGCCCGCUGAGCCGCGGACCCCGCCGCGCAAACGUCCGCAGCCAAACCCGCCGUCGUCUCCGUUUCAGCCCACACUCAUGGCCGAGUCGCUCUCCAACUUUACGCCCCCCGCAUGGGCCAAAAGCAUCGACCGCAAGUUAGCGCUGUUUCAGCGCAUGGCUGGUAUCCAAGACGACGUCGUUCGCGAGCAGGAGAGGCGGCAGAUGGAGAAUGAGCUGGACAGAGCACAUCAGAGAAUGCAAGGGUCCUCGCCGGCCGCAGCCAAGAGCAAAAGACCACCGACGUCUCGGCAACGCACCAGCUUGGCCAAGCAGAGUGAGGCAGCGCCAACAGGGCGCGUGUCGACGAGGUCCGAGCAGAUGCCUGAAACACUGCUCAGAUCGCCCGUGACCAAUAGGAGGAUCUAUGCGCUCGAGACGCAGCUUAUGCCCGUGAAGCGUGCGGCCUUACAACCUGCAUCGAGGGCGGACAAGAAUGCGUCCGAGGUGGUCCAGAAUCAGCCGCUGUGCGCGCGUACAGAUCCGUUCGUGGCAGAGUCAGCAGAUGCGACGCAGGACGAGUCGGAAACGCUGCCCUUGGCUUGGCCGGCGGAGGGCGACGACGAGACACAGCCUCUUGCAUGGGACGACGCCGACGAAGAAGCUGCCCAGAUCCCGACGGAAGCUGUGCAGCUCUCGAACCCCAUUGGCAGCGCUGGCGAGGUGCCCACUUCGGACGACGACGAUUUCCUCACCGAGCCGGGCGUGGCGCUGGACGCUGCGCAUGACAGCACGUCUGUAUCCAAACGGCGGCGGGUGGAUACCCAGCGCAUGGCAAAGCCGAGCCCCGUCUCGCUCACGUCGGCAAGUGGGGCGGGCCGGUUCGACAGCGUCGUUGCGGCACUGCGCCGACAAGAACGCAGGCAGAACUCGGGCAUGCAGCUCAGCCUCGAUCGGUACGUCACCAAGCCCACCUGCAAGCUCGACUCGGAUGACGACCUCGACGUCCUGUCGGAUGACGAGGCGGGAGACGAAACCCAGCCUCUGGAGUGGGCGACACCCGUCAAAAGACCGACACUGCAGCUGGCAUCGUCCCCGGCUGCGGCAACACAACUCAGCACCAGCUCCGGUGCGAGCACGAGUGCGAGCGAGAUCAGUCUGCCGAGUCAGACGGCGCUCAACGACGCGGAUACGCAGACACGCACUUUCUUCGAGCGGCUCUGA